AUGCCAUCGCCAUACUCUGGUUUAGUUUCAUCGCCUGACCUUGCUCCACAAAGUGCAGCCACCUCCCUGGGUAAAAAGCCUGGCACUUUUCAUUCACACAGCCUACGACCACCAUCGGCAGAUGAGUGUCGCAGACAAGCGCAGCUCGGUUCUCAGUCGCGGCACAAGCAAAUCGGAGGAGCACAGAAGCGGCUGAAAACGUACCAAUAUGAGGUACUCGACCUCAAUGAAGGACAGAGUAGAAAACCGUUGUUGAAGGCUGAACCAAGCAGCCCCAAGUUGCAACCCACGACCUUAUCAGGGCCUGUCACACCGUUAGCCCUGGAGAGACAUGAGAGCUAUUUCUCAACGGGAUCGGGCUUUCUUGGUGUCAAGCGUGAUGUGCUUAAGGCUUCUGACACACAUGGAAACAUGACAGACAAUAACCACAGUCCGUCGCAUUGA